CAUGAGGAGACGCGCAACAAAAUUGAACCGCUGCUGGUUCGGCAGGAAUUUAGCCAUCGACGAUUCACUUCAUCGCAGUGGGAGUUCUGCGUAAGCUAACGUUUGUCACUGCAGUGUCAGAUUUGGGCAAUCUAUUGCUGAAGUGUUACUAAAGCUGCUCUUUAGGAAGACAAGGUGCCAAGCAGCAAGGAUUGGCAGGUGCUUCUCACCAUGUCCAAGAGCAAGAGCUCGGAGUCAGUCAAGGUGGUGGUCCGUUGCCGUCCUAUGAACGAGAAAGAGCGGGCCGCCAAGUAUGAGAGUGUGGUGUCUGUUGAUGUCAAACUGGGCCAAAUUAUUGUGAGAAACCCAAGGGAGUCCUCGGGCAACGAACUGCCCAAAAUCUUUACAUUUGAUGCUGUUUAUGGUUGGAACUCCAAACAGCUAGAAAUGUAUGAUGAAACCUUCAGGCCCCUGGUUGAGUCUGUUCUUCUGGGAUUUAAUGGGACCAUCUUUGCUUAUGGCCAGACGGGUACAGGGAAGACUUACACUAUGGAAGGGGUGAGAAAUGAUCCGGAGAAGAGAGGGGUGAUCCCAAACUCCUUUGAGCACAUCUUCACACACAUUUCACGGUCACAGAACCAACAGUACCUUGUCAGAGCGUCAUACUUAGAAAUCUACCAGGAGGAGAUCAGAGACUUGCUCUCAAAAGAUCAGUCACGUCGUCUCGAGCUCAGGGAGAGGCCCGACACGGGUGUGUAUGUUAAAGAUCUUUCAUCAUUUGUUACCAAGAGUGUGCGAGAGAUCGAGCAUGUCAUGAAUGUGGGAAACCAGAAUCGAUCAGUUGGAGCCACUAAUAUGAAUGAGCACAGCUCACGCUCUCACGCCAUUUUUGUCAUCACGGUGGAGUGCAGUGAGUUGGGUGUGGAUGGAGAGAACCACAUAAGAGUUGGCAAACUCAACCUGGUGGAUUUAGCUGGCAGUGAAAGGCAAACCAAGACUGGAGCUCAGGGGGAGAGGCUUAAAGAAGCCACAAAGAUAAAUCUAUCCCUUUCUGCUCUUGGUAAUGUCAUAUCAGCUCUGGUGGAUGGCAGGAGCAGCCACAUCCCUUACCGAGACUCGAAGCUGACACGUCUGCUACAGGACUCCCUAGGGGGCAAUGCCCGCACGGUCAUGGUUGCCAACAUUGGCCCAGCAUCCUACAAUGUGGAGGAGACUUUAACAACUCUGCGCUAUUCAAACAGGGCAAAAAACAUCAAGAACAAACCACGUAUCAAUGAAGAUCCCAAAGAUGCCCUGCUCAGGGAGUUUCAGGAGGAGAUUGCCAGGCUGAAGGCGCAGCUGCAGAAACGCUCAGGAAAGAAAAAGAGGAGAAGGCUGAGGAGGAGAGCAGGGGAAGGGAGUGAUGAUGAGGGUCUGGAAAGUGGCGAGACAGAGGACGAUGAGGAAGAUGGAGACGACAAGGGGGACUACUGGAGGGAACAGCAGGAGAAGUUGGAAAAGGAGAGAAAGGCAAUCCUGGAGGAUCACAGCCUGGUAGCUGAGGAGAAAGCCCGGCUUCUUAAAGAGAAAGAGAGGAAAAUGGAAGACUUGCGGAAGGAGAGGGAGGCCGGAGAGAAGCUUGCAGCCAAAGUUAAGGCGAUGGAGAGUAAGCUCCUAGUAGGGGGGAAGAACAUUGUGGAUCACACCAAUGAGCAGCAAAGAAUGCUGGAGCAAAAGAGGCAGGAGAUUGCUGAACAGAAACGGCGAGAGCGAGAGAUGCAGCAGCAAAUGGAAAGUCGUGAUGAAGAGACACUGGAGCUUAAGGAGACCUACACUUCUCUGCAACAGGAAGUUGACAUUAAAACCAAGAAGCUGAAAAAGCUGUUUUCCAAGCUGCAGUCAGUGAAGGCAGAAAUCCAAGAUCUCCAAGAGGCACACAUCAACGAGCGCCAGGAGAUGGAGCAGAUCCAAAACGAACUCACCAGGGACCUCAAACUCAAGCAUCUGAUUAUUGAAAACUUCAUUCCUCUAGAGGAGAAAAACAAAAUAGUCAACAGGGCUUUCUUCGAUGAGGAGCCUGAGGAAUGGAAGAUGAAGCCCAUCACACGUAUUGAGGAUGACCAUCAGAUGAUGAGCAGGCCUCGGUCUGCAGUCAGCUACUGGAGGCCCCUCAGUCACCAUGCUCGUGUGGCCAUGAUGUUGAAGCCUGACAUGAGAUACAAAGCUGAGAACAUCAUAAUGCUGGAUAUGGACAUUCCUGCACGGACCACUAAAGAGUACCAGGAGCCAGUUAUCGCCCCAAAGCUGGCGGCAGCUCUGGAGGAUGCUCUUCGGGAUGAGGAUGAGAUCGAGGUAGAUGCCACAAGCUUUCACAGCAGCUUGGGACAAAUGCUGCCUGCUGGUGCUAGCGGCAGCCUCAAGAAGCCAAAGUCAGGACGACCAAGAACAGGCAAGAAGUCGAGUACCCCGACCUCUUCAUACAGCCCCUCCAGCCCAGGAUCCCCUCUUUAUCCCCAAUCCCGUGGCCUGGUGCCGAAGUGAUGGUUCCUACUGCUACUGUCACUGCCUGCCAACCUCUGUUUUGCACCUGUCCACAUUGGGAAUGACCUUUUAGAGGAUGGGUAUAAAAAAAAGAUUAAUGCUGCUUUUUAGUUUUUAACUACACCACUGUUAACUGAUCUCUUGAAUACAACAAAACAAUAGUAGCUGUGCAUGACAUUAUACUGCACUGCUUUUACAGUUCCCUAGAUAUUGAUGAAUACACACACACACACAAAGAGACUCAUCACAAUGUUCUUAACGUACAGAAAAAGUAAAGGUGGGCUUAACCUUCCCUUGCACUACUUCAUAUCUUCCUAGAUGUGUGUCAGGUGUCCUCCAUGUUACUAUAAGUGUGGACAUGUGGGUGUGGUAGAGGGGGGAGGGGGCUGAGAGCUCUGUUGAACCUGGCACUAACAUAGUUGUGUGUGAAUGUGGUGUUGUACAUCUGGCUGCAUGUCUGUGCAUCUUUGAAUCACUGUCUGAAUAGGUUUGUUUGUUUUCUGUUUUUGUCCACGACUUUAAUUGUGUUGCUUUAGAGGAGCUUUAAGAUUGCGUGUGGCUGCAUGUGCUGGCUUCAGUCUUAAAGGAAUAGUUGCACAUUUUGGCAAAUACACUUACAAAAGAGAAGCGAUAAGAAUUUUUACCACCUUUACGCUGAAGUGUGAAGCAGAAAGUGAUCGGCUGUAGACAUAGCUGGUGAAACUGCCAUUUGAAUUUCAAAAAUUCUCAUACUAAAUUUUUAAUAGGCAGCAUGUCAGCUCAGCUGAAAAGGCAAAACUAUGCAAAUGCAGACAUAGAAUCUAGUUAAUAAAUUAUAAUAAACUAAAUAAUAAACAAUAAACUGCAAAGCAGUUAGUCUAUUACAAUUACCAAAUAAAAUUUUGGUGUUUACAUUUAAUUGUUUUUGGUAAAUCCAGUCAACCUAAUGGAUGUUACUCUGUACAACCUGAAUAUUGGUGUCAAAUCUAGCUCAGCACAACACAAAAGCAAUAAGAACAAGUAAAUUAUUAGUCAAGUUGAAUUCUCAAGCCAAAAAGAGCUUUUAAGUAGGAUCUCACCAAAAUGCCCUCCAAAAUGUUUUUCUCUUCUGAAACCAAAGGCAUGCACAGAGCGAAGCCUGUUUGCAUGUGAAAAUGCGACCAGUGUCAAAAGAGCCUUUUGCUUUGAUUACUUCCCUUAAACUGUGCUGACUGGGUAACAAAUCCAAUAACAUCACUUUUAAAGUUAUUAAAUAGUUACAUUUCCCUUGUAAUGCAGUGCCACAGUACCUUUGCCAUACUGUGGCUAACUUUAUGUCGUGAUGAUUCACAAGCUAGUUGGUAGCUUACUAUGAACAAUCUGCAUCCCUCAGCUGUAAAGCUGCAUGUGCUGUAGACAGUACUGAAAGGUUUACUAAUAGCAGUCAGAGCUCAAACUAUGUGAUGUCACUCUUUCUAAAUGAGAACAAACACAUUUAAAAUGAAAUAUUUAUUGGAAAAAAAUACACACGACAUAUUAUGACUGAGUACCUUAGAACUGUUUUUGUUCUUCAGCUGAGCCAAGCUAAGCUUCUUAGUGUGAAAUCUGUACGCUACAUAAACCACAAGCAGAAACUAAUACAUAAGCAAACUUUCUCAAAUGGUGGACUAUUUCUUUAAGUCUGUAUGAUUGCAAGUGUGCAGGCCAGGAAGUAAAGCAUGCUCCAGAUCUGGACUCAGUCACAAGUUGCUGUAAUCAGUAGAUGCUGUUCUUCCUGAGACACACAAGGGAGGUGGGGAACAUGGGGGGAGAGCCCGACACAUGUACCCUCUGUGGACAGUUUCUAGGUUGCAUGACAUAGCAGUUGGUGGUCUGGUGGCCACCAGACCACCAGGCCAGAGAUCAGCUUGAAACACAGCAUGAGUCACGUCAAAGGUACUGUCCCGGAAUGUGCCUCAGAUUUGUCAGGGUUCCAUGGUGCCUUAAUCUGCAUCCUCAGUCUCUGCUCCUUCAUUUGAGCCGUGCACACACAGGCCUCCUAGUCUUCGUCAGCUCAUCUACAAAUUCAUUCCAGGAUCAGAGAAUUGUUAAGAGCGUGAAGUUCAGUCGGGGGCAUCCUGGGUCUUUUGGAUAAGCACCACUGCAAAGUUGGGCAGAUGAAGGGUCAACAUAUUCUCCUUGUGAUUUUUAUUUUUAUCUACCUUGGUAUUGGUGUGAGUGUAAAAGAACAUUAAACCCCCACAGACUCCAGUGGAUCUGAAUGCACAAACCAUUCCACAUUUGCCUCCAGGUGGACAAUAUGCAGUUUUAACCUUCAUGGUUCAGCCUGCCUCUCUGCUGCUCUCUGUUCCCCAUACUUUUAACCGUGAAGGGGUGCGCUCUCUGCUCGCUGCUACCAUGCAGGGUUUUCCAACCCACUGUGACAUUUCAGCAAGCGUGGGUCAAGUGGCAAAUUAAAUCUUUUUAAAAUACUUGUGAUGUGUGCCGUUUGUGAGUUGAAGACUUGUAAACCAUCAGGGCUAUGUCUCUAACAAUCCCUGUGAGGUCUAGGUAGCCCUAACUCUACCUCUGUGCAAUAAAAGUAUGUGACUUUUGUUUUUUUGAAAAUUGUUCUCCUAAGUUGUGGCAAUCGGGGAGAAAACGAGAAAAAAAUUGUAACUAACGUGUAUUUACAUUUAUCCCAAAAACUUUUCUUUUUUUUUUUCUUUUUUUUCUUUCUCCUCUUUUCAAACCACCGACUUAAAGUUGGGGUCGGACCUCACAGGGUACCUCAAGGAUCUCUCUGCUGUUUGACCCAUGCCUGCGUAUCUAUUUAGAUACUGUAAUGAAUAUAACUUGUUUAAAGGCAAUCCUUAGUCACUUUUAGAUCUGUAAGAAACACAUGAGUUUCCAUAUUGAAAAAGUCUAACUUAUUACGAUCCUAUGUUUUUAUAUACAGAUGUAGAUAUAAUUUUUUAUUCAUUCUUUUUCUUGAAAAUAGAUUGUUGUUGUUUUAUUUUUGGAACUCUGUAAUUUAAUGUUGAAAUGUUAUUUUAUUUUGCAUCAUAUAUAUAUUAUGUGUCUUUGUAUUCGGCAAGGUACAGGCUUGUUUUCCCCACUUAGUUGAUGAGUUUUCCACAUGGAUGUUGAAAGCAUAGGUCAUGUUGUUGAUGUGGGCCUGUGCAGAGAGAGUCACGGUUCAGUAUUGGCACAUUAGCUGUAAGUUGUACUUCACAAACAUAAAUAUUAAAAUAAGAGCUAACAUUGAAAUGCUGUAUACGCAUGACUUUAGCACGCUUGAGUAACAUGUUUUGGUUGUGACUGUGUUCAUCGGUCAUAGAAAUUUAGUGAGCAAAAUGUGAAUGUAUAAUUUAAUUGAAAAAUCUUGUAUCACUUAGCUACAUCACUGGAUCCAAACUCCCAGACUGUUUGCGACCAAUUUUUACGUGCUGUCAUUGUAGCCAUAUGACGAUUCUGCUGGUGCGCUUAUGUAUCUGACUUGGCUAUGUCUUCUACUUGUUUAGUGUCUUUACAUUAAUAAAGAAAAAUUAA